UCUUUCAUACCUUGACUGUACAUAGUAUAUUCCAGGGAACAUUACCAUAAUUUACUUAAAUAGUAUCACAAACUUUCCUUCGUCAGCGUAGACUUCAGUUGGUUCUAGUGUAGAAAGGACAUUAACAUUAUAUGGUAUAUGCAAAAAUCACACCAUGACAACCACUUAUUCAACAUUCGAAGCUUUCAGGCCCCAUUUCAACGCGCUCGCCUAUGUGGCAUAUUUCAAAAUAAUUCCUAAACCAUCUUCAGGAGUAAAGCAUACAUUACACACCGUAUAUCGCGCGGUUGUAUGGUUUUUGGUUAUAAUUUAUAACCUACAGCAUGUCAUACGAGUUAUUCAGGCGCGCCACAGCACGGAGCAAGCAGUGAACACGCUGUUCGUUCUUCUGACCACGAUCAACACGCUGGGGAAGCAGGUGGCUUUCAACUCGCGCGUCGAGCGCGUGGACCGACUCGUCGCCACUAUAGAAGGACCACUGUUUAUGGCUCGCAACACUUAUGACGAGAAGGUGUUGCGCAGUAACGCUUGGAUCAUGUCUCGACUACUGAUGAUGUACCACGGUUCUAUCUACCUAUGCGGCGCCAUGUGGGGGAUCUCACCGCUGGUUAGCAAGCUUUCGGGCGAGGUGGAACUCACUGGGUACUUCCCAUUCGACACCAGCGGCUGGCUAGGGUUUGGAAUUGCAGUAGCAUUCAACACUAUAGUGAUAACAUUACAAGGCUACGCCCAUGUGACUAUGGACUGCACAAUAGUCUCCCUCCACGCCCAGACGAAGGUCCAACUCCAGAUGUUGCGCAAUAGUCUCGAGCACCUGACGGACUCCGUCGGGAAGACGGGAAGGGAAAUAUGCGUUCAGUCGACGGUUUACAAGGAUAUCGAGGAUACAGCGUUUGGGGUGGUGUUGAAGAAAAGAUUAACGCGCUGUGUGGAACACUAUAAACUGAUAGUGUGGUUCCACAGUGAGGUGGAAGCAGUGUUCAGCGAGGCCAUGAUAGUCCAGUUUUUUGUUAUUGCUUGGGUUAUUUGCAUGACAGUUUACAAGAUCGCUGGUUUAAGCCUGGUAUCGGCGGAAUUUUUCAGCAUGUUUGUGUAUCUCGGCUGCAUGCUGGGACAGCUUUUCAUCUAUUGUUACUAUGGGACUCAGGUCAAGGCUGAGAGCGAGUUCAUCAACUAUUCUAUCUACCGGUGCGAUUGGGUGUCGCUUUCGCCGCGGUUCCGCGCACUUCUGCUAAUCCUGAUGUCAAGAGGCAUGCGGCCCGUGGCACCGCGCAUCGCCUACAUCAUCCCUAUGUCUAUCGAGACCUAUAUUUCGGUGCUGCGCUCAUCUUACACGUUGUUAACUUUUUUAGAACGAAAGUAAACAAACUAUCUUCAAUCAAUCGCAACAUUCGCAACAGCUGUUGGUUACGUUCGUGGGCAGUUCGUUUUAUUUGUAUGCUUUAAAAUAAAUAUUUCUGCACAUAGAUAAUGUUGUUUAUUUUUGUUGUGAAUGGAGAGUAAGUAAUAGGAAGUACCUAUUACUUAAUACCGCAAUAACUAUUAGAAUCCUAUUAGAAAUUCCUACGGUACCUACAUAAGGUAUAAAAUAUAGUUUUGCUCGACCGUAUCUGUGAAUAAUCCAGCACUUCUAGAUUAUCUAUCACCACUAAAAUAAUUGGGUAGGUGCCCAAUCUACUUGAAUUAUUUUAUCCGUAUCGAAUCCCCAUAAACUAUCUGGUACCUAUAGUCGCGCGUGAACCGUGGCGCAAACAACUAUCGGGAAUCGCUCGUAAACUCACCGCUGUUUAAUCUCCGACUCCAUUUAACGGUCUUUAUACGAGCCGAGGACGCGGCACGGCCGCAAGUCACCAGAUUUCCAAACACCGCCGCAUUUUGCUCUGUCUACCUUUAUUUUUACUUUAGGUAUACGAGACCAUAAAAUUCAGCGGUUAUUAACUUCUACGGAAAACUAGGCCACGAAUCUUAAAGCAGUUUAUA